GGCAAAUUGCAUUUGCUUUGUUCUGAACUCAGGCGGUGUAAUGUCCGACGGUGCAACUGAAAACCGUCAGCCUCCGGACUCCGCAGCCGAGGACGAGCUACCAUCCGACGCUACCAGCAUCGUCGAUGACAAUGCUGGCGAUAGCAAUAGCUCCGCCUCAACUAGUUCUCCCAUUGGUGAAGCCCUAACCGCCUUGCUCUCCUCCGUGAUCAGGGAAUUCGACGGCCGAGCUGACGCCACUUCCCGCAGUCAAGAUCAACUCUCCUUGGCCCUCGAUCGUCUCACCGGAGAACUUGACAAGCUGCUGGAGGAUGUACCAUUGCCUUUCAUCAUGCAACAUGCUGCUAGGAUUUCUGGUGUUAGAAAGAGAGUCACGUCUUUAAAUUCAGUUUUGAGGUCUAUACAACGGCGUGUAGAUAAUAUUGACCGGAUGAUUGUUCCCGUGGGUUUAUUGCAUGAAAAAAAUAUCAAAGAUGAUGGGGGACAAAAUUGAGACGUGUCAGUCAUUGAAGAGGUUUUUACAGCACGUCGCUUCCUUGUGCUUGUGCUCUUGCUUUUGCUAGAGUUGCUAAUGUGGCCAUGGACAAAGGAGAGUUUGAAUAAUUAUGAAGCUGACUUGCUGCUGCACAAGUAAUGCCUAACUUACAACAUGAUAAUAAUGCUGCAUCAUUCUUGUUUGAUUGAACUUGUUACAUACCACUAAAAGUAAUUAAAACGCAUCCAACAUGAUAAUAGUGCUGCAUGAUUCUUGUUUUUUUAUCCCGUGUUUGACAGGAAACUUGACAUAUACUGCUAAACCUUUUUUUAUACUCCCUCUGUUUCAUAAAAUGAUUCUUAUUUU